UGCUUAUGUGGAAGCGCCCCAUGCCUGCUCUGCCGAUGCUGCCCCAGUGGAAACAACUCCACCAUAACUCGGCUGAUUUAUGCAUUCUUUUUACUACUUGGUGUGAGUGUUGCCUGUGUGAUGUUAAUACCAGGCAUGGAAGAGCAGCUGAAGAAGAUUCCUGGAUUUUGUGAUGGAGGGCUGGGAACAACUAUUCCUGGUGUGCACGGCCAUGUGAAUUGCGAUGUACUGGUCGGUUACAAAGCCGUGUACCGUGUGUGCUUUGGUAUGGCCAUGUUCUUCCUUCUCUUCUCCUUGUUGAUGAUCAAAGUGAAGAGCAGCAAUGACCCAAGAGCAGCGGUGCACAAUGGAUUCUGGUUCUUUAAAUUUGCAACAGCACUUGCAAUUAGUGUUGGAGCUUUCUUCAUACCAGAGGGACCAUUUACAACUGUGUGGUUUUAUGUAGGUAUGGCUGGAGCAUUCUGCUUUAUUCUUAUUCAGCUGGUCUUGCUUAUUGACUUCGCCCACUCUUGGAAUGAAUCUUGGGUUGAAAAAAUGGAGGAAGGAAACUCAAGAUGCUGGUAUGCAGCUCUGCUGUCAGCUACGGCUGUCAAUUAUCUGCUGUCUCUAGUAGCUAUUGUCUUGUUUUAUGUUUAUUACACUCAUCCAGAAGGUUGUUCUGAAAACAAGACAUUCAUCAGUGUUAAUAUGCUGCUGUGUAUUGGUGCUUCUGUAAUGUCAAUUCUGCCAAAGAUUCAGGAAUCUCAGCCAAGAUCUGGUUUGCUGCAGUCUUCUGUGAUCACAAUUUAUACAAUGUAUUUGACUUGGUCAGCUAUGACCAAUGAACCAGACAGGCGCUGUAAUCCAAGUUUGCUGAGCAUCAUUGGUUACAACAGCACCACCAUUCCAACCCAAGGUCAGGUAGUUCAGUGGUGGGAUGCACAAGGAAUUGUAGGACUGGUUUUGUUUUUGCUCUGUGUUCUCUAUUCAAGCAUCCGAACAUCCAACAACAGCCAAGUGAACAAGCUGAUGCUGACCAGUGAUGAAUCAACACUGAUAGAGGAUGGAAUGCCCAGGAGUGACGGCGCCCUUGACGAUGGAGAUGAUGUUCACCGAGCCAUAGAUAACGAGAGGGAUGGAGUCACUUACAGUUACUCCUUCUUUCAUUUCAUGCUUUUCCUGGCAUCACUGUAUAUCAUGAUGACGCUUACCAACUGGUACAGUCCCGAUUCUUCUUAUGAGACAAUGACCAGCAAAUGGCCGUCUGUCUGGGUGAAGAUAUCUUCCAGCUGGAUUGGCAUCGUGCUGUACGUGUGGACUCUGGUUGCUCCGCUGGUUCUUACAAACCGUGACUUUGACUGAGCUGCGCUACUCUCUAGGGAGGUUGUGCUAGCUUCCCCGUGUCUUUGAAAUGAAUAGUAUUCCAGAUAAUAGUGCAGUUGUAAAUAUGCGCGCGUGUGUGCGCACACGUGUGUGCGUGUGCUGUCCAUGUAGUAUACCCUGCUUUAUUCUGCAUGAUUACCUUGAAUCAUGUCUCUUGUCAUUUCACUAAAUGACUUUUUCUAGCUGAGCUCAGUGACAAUUGCUAUAACGAUGGUUUUCAUAGAAUUACUCCUGUAUUGAGUGCUUCGGGAGCAUUCGAUGUAAGAUCAAAACCUUUUGGAAGUAGGUUUGUUUUUCCCCUCAGUUGCAUUAAAUAGUUGU